AUUCAGAAUGGAUCGUUUAUGGCAUCAAGAAAAAACUACUCACAGAUCACUCAAUAAAAGGACAGAAGAGAAAAUAUUCAGCUUAUAAUGAAUUGCUGUUGUUUAAAAAGAUACUCACUUUUACCACUUUAAAAGAUUGUAAAGGCACUGCAAAUAAACAGAACUAGUUCGGAUAAGCAUUUUCAGAAUGUGGCAGAAGAAUCGUAAAACUGGAAGAGUUACAAUAACAACAAUGUUUUGAGGUGAACAAUGAUCAAAGAGGGAAGAGCUUGGUUUUUAUAGUUUGCUUUUCGUUUUACGAAAAGGCUACUACAAUGAACAAAUCCCAACAGGUCAAGGACGCUGUUGUUCAACCCGUAUCAUCGGUAAAUAAAAUCCAUAGCCCUACGGAGAUCUACCCGUACGGCGGUUCACAAAACAACCUGCAGCCUGAAAACCAUCUGAACAACAGUAUCGACCAUCUGAACAACUGUACCGAUCAAGGAUUGACAGACACGAAAAUAUGCCCCAAUUCACACAGUCCUGCACUGAAGCGCCAGAAUUCAACAAGCAAUGUAAAGAGUGUAGAAGAAUGUAGCACUUGUCAUCGUUGUGUCCCUCAGGGAGAGGAGAAGGAAGAUGAGCCAGAAAAAGAAGCCCGUUGCCUGGGCAUAGUGCGAACAGUCUGGAAAACAUUCUACAUGACUGCCUGGUUAGCAGCCGCCUUCUUCUCCAUCUACAACAUCAGCUUGUUUGUCAACCGCUUCUUCGAACGACCCACCCAGAUAGUAAUAACCAGUGUUAAACCUGACCAGGAUGGAUUAGAGUUCCCGACCAUCUCCAUCUGUAACAUGAACAAGAUAGAGAACUCAUUCCUAGACCUCAAUCCGACAUUCAAGCAAGUUUGGGACAGACUAGAGGCUUCAAAGGUUGUUAAUUGGAAGAACGAGACUGCAGCUGAGAUAGGAAGGUUGACCUAUAGUGAUGUGUACGCUAACAGUUUCGGGUGGCAACGUGCAGUAGAUCAGUGUAAAUACGGUGGGUGGUUGGAUUGUGAUGAACUUGACUAUCACAAAAGUGAACUGUUCGCUGAUGAUGUAGGAGCAAGUGGGAAGUGCUAUACUUUCAACCCCCAGGGUACAGUGUUCUCUAAGAGUGUUGGUAACGAGGGCUGCUUCCGGUUCCUAAUGAAUGUGCACCGUGCAGAGUACCCAGCUACCGUGCCUGAAGUAGGGUUUAUAGUGGACAUACACCACCACACCACAUUCCAAGGCAGCAGCAAGAUUGAGAUGUCUCCUGGCUACAAGUACAGGGUCGGGAUAAAACCUAAGAUCCGGGUUGAGUUGGAGUUCGAGGCAGGUGGAGAGUGCGACCCCACACGUAAUGUCACCUCGUAUUUAGCGUACGACGCGGACUCGUGUGAGUACGAGUGUAGGGAUAGAUACAUAAACUCCACGUGUGGGUGUAUAAUAUCAGCUCCUCCUAAUAACCGGUACAAUUACCCAACCUGCUCUAUAAAGCAGAUGGAGGACUGUGGCUGGGUGGCUUAUUACCACUUCCUCACCAGGGACGAGAACAUGCCCAAUAGUGAUGCUGAAGCGGGUCCGCUAGGAGAGGAGGUUCCCACUCAGCUGAGCUCCACAUCCUCACCUCCUGUAACUAGUACUUCGUCUACAAACAGGACCGUAACUACCGCAUCAGCCCUGCCCCAGACCCCCACUGGUAUUCCUUUAUUUGUGGACAGUAAGUCUUUCACCUGCUCUGGGAGCUGCCCCCCAGCUUGCUACAAACGGUACUUCGACAUUGUGGUCUCUUCCUCUAAAAUAUCUGCCAGAAACGCUAAGAUCUUGGCUGAACAGAUCGGCGACGAGCGGGGGCUGGAAACGUCUGCGGAGUUCUUACUGAAAAACCAUGUUUUGAUGGAGUUUUAUCUAGCAGACUCAUUCACAGAACUAAUUGCGAGUGUGCCGGCAUACACGUUGUGGAAUCUGCUGAGUGAUAUUGGUGGAGUUAUGGGGCUGUUCCUCGGGGCCAGUAUCUUCUCCUUCUUCGCAUUCUGUAAAGCUACUGUUAUUAAAAUUAGAAACUACAAUAACACUAAGGAAGAAGUUACAUUUUGUAUGUUUCUUAAGGGUGUACUGAAUUUAGGAUAACCGAACAAGUGCCCUGCAGUUUAGGUAUUUGGGCUUUUGGGGCACUGGACUUGUGAUCAUUGAUCAUGCUAAGAAAAUUACAGCAUAUCAUAGAUGAAUGGACCUGGGACAUUUUUUAGUUUUAAACAUGCUUUCCACUUUUUUGCUGUGAGACAGAAUAAAUUAUAAUUUCAUUUAUUUAUUGAAAAAUUUAAGCAAGAGAUCUAGCAACAAUAUAAAAAUUCAAUAUU